AUGGCGAACAACUCGAUAGAAGCCUUGCGCGGCGGAUGCCCCGCGCCCUUUUUCAAUGAACUCUCAUUCCCUGCGAAGGGAGGACAUGUGGAGGGCAGGUUGUGUACGCCCUUUGCGAACUUGAAUUGUUGCGUCCCUUGCCCUAUGACGGACUGGGUUUAUCCAGAUAAUUUCCAAUCAGCGACAACAGCUGCAAACUGGGUUAAUGUCGUAGGCAUGAUUUGCUGUGCCUUUCUCUUGAUUUCCUGGAUUGUGCUCCCCGUUGAGAAGACACAUCGUCACUAUCUAAGCAUCAGUCUCACUUGUGCCACGGUUCUCAUGAAUCUGGGCUUCAUUAUCCCCUUAGCAGCGAAACCAGAACAGUGCUUCAACGAAAUCACUCCGCAUGGGAUGGACACAAGCUCCGUAUGUGCCGCCUCAGGUUCUUUCUUACUUGCUGGUGGCUGGGCUGGCAUCAUGUGGGUUUUUCUGCGAGCACUUUCAUUGCAUCUUCAGAUAUGCUGGCAAUUGGUCGUGGGUCGAAACUUUAUGUGGUUUUCUCAAGUGCUUGGUUGGGGUAUACCCAUUGUUGGUCUCGUCAUCCUCCUCGUCUUCAGCGGAGUGUCAUUCCGCUUUGGUGCUACAUGUCACAUCAACCACGAGAACAGUUUGGCCGAUUUCUGGAUUCCGUUGCUAGUAUUCGCAGGACUCACCGUUAUCAUCCAAUUCGCCACUUUCGGAUACUGCAUCAAGGUCUACCUCGCAUCUCUGACUGACAAUAGCGCCACAACGGAAAACUCCGGCAUGCCCUCUUACUCGAACAGUAUCCGCACUAUGACUCCUCGUCAAGCGUAUCGAAGAAUACGCCGUGUUAUCCAACUUCAAUGGCGUGGUAUUGUCAUCGUGCUCAUCAUUAUCGCCGAUGUCAUUUUCUUCGCCGUCAUCUUUGUCUUCCUAGACAACACCGUGCAGUCGAUCAGAACUAAUCCGUCUAAGGCGUUAACCUGGGCGGCUUGUCUAAUUCGUUCAGGUGGCGACAAGGAUAAGUGCCUAUACUUAGCGAACGAUUUAGUCGUCAACCUUCCGACCGUUACGGCUGUCUUGGUACUCCUGGCGAUGAACGGCAUUUGGUUGCUCUUACUACUUGGCCGCUGGUCAAUGGUGACUGGCUGGCUCGAGAUAUUCGGAUCGUAUACUGGUAGUCGUACCAAGAAGGAAUUUGUAUCUGUUGAUGCUCGAAUGGAUAUUAAGCAGGAUCCCCGGUCUUAUGAAAUGUUGUCUCGCGAUUCCGGGAAGACGGACACCGUGCUGACGCCAAUUAGCCCGACGAAGUCGCCGAUAUCGCGAGGAGGGCGCCAGACGCCAGACUACUUCGGACAAACCGCACGAUACCAGCCGCACCAACGAUCGUUCUCUUCACCAAGGCCGCCGCAACAGAUGCAGUGGGAUACGACACAGGAGUACCAGGACUCGUAUGCAUUACCACCAAUGCCAGCGCAAUCUCCUGAGUAUGAAAGCAUGAACCCGCUGGCAAUGAACAGAAUACAAAGAGACGGAGACCCGCGAUAUGCGGUCCCGGGCCCCCAAUAUGCCCAGCCUAGUACGCCCGAUCAUAAUCGCGGCCAUGUUUUCAUCUAA